AUGCAAAGAUUAGAUAACGUGAACAACCAGCUGGCUGCUAAGCGCCAAAGAUCCGGCUCUGAAUACAAGCCAUUCCGUACCACUGUCGUGGGAUCUGGUAAUUGGGGAUCUACGAUUGCCAAGGUUGUUGCUGAAAAUGCCGCUGAGAGACCUGAGGAGUUCCACCAAACCGUGAAAAUGUGGGUUUUCGAAGAAGAGGUGGAGGGUCGCAAACUGACCGAGAUCAUUAACACUGAGCAUGAAAAUGUGAAGUACCUCCCAGGAAUUAAGCUCCCAGAGAACGUCGUUGCCGUUCCGGAUGUUGUGGAUGCCUGUUCUGAUGCAGAUAUCAUCAUCUUCAACAUUCCCCACCAGUUCCUUCCAAGAAUCUUGCAAAACUUGAAGGGUAAGGUGGAUCCACAAGCAAGAGCAAUCUCUUGUUUGAAGGGUCUGGAGGUCAGCAAGCACGGAUGCAAGCUUUUGUCUUCGUACAUCACCGAGGAAUUGGGCAUCUACUGUGGUGCUUUAUCCGGCGCUAACCUUGCUCCGGAAGUUGCUAAGGAAAAAUGGUCGGAGACCACUGUUGCUUAUAAAGUUCCUUCCGACUUCCGCGGAGAGGGUAAGGAUGUGGAUCAGAGCGUGAUCAAGCACCUCUUCCACCGCCCAUACUUCCAUGUGAGAGUGGUGAGUGACGUUGCCGGUGUGUCUCUGAGUGGAGCCCUGAAAAACGUUGUCGCCAUGAUUGCCGGUUUCGUUGAAGGACUCGGAUGGGGAGACAACGCCAAGUCCGCCGUCAUGCGUGUUGGACUUGUCGAGAUGAUCAAGUUUGCAGACAUGUUCUUUGAUGACGGAGAAUCGACCACUUUCACUCAUGAGAGUGCCGGUGUGGCCGAUCUCAUCACUACAUGUGCUGGUGGAAGAAACGUGCGUGUUGGAAAGUACAUGGCAGAGCACAAAGUGAGCGCAUUAGAGGCCGAGAAGGCAUUGCUCAACGGUAUGUCGUGCCAAGGUAUUCACACCACCAAGGAGGUGUAUGAGUUCUUGAGCGCUCAGAACAAGUUGGACGAAUUCCCUCUGUUCAAGACUACCUAUCAAAUUAUCUACGAGAACCUGGCUAUGGAGAAAAUCCCAGAGCUGUUGGAGCCAUGUGAGGAUUAA